GUGAGAGAGUGUGGCAACUGUUGCCCUAGGAAUAAACGCCAUAGCCACGGUAUCUACUGACGACUGCAGCCCGCCAACAACACACACCAAAAGACAUGGACAAAUUUGAACAUGGCAAGCUGUGAACUCUGGAACGUGAGACAACAAAUCAGAUGCAGUGGAGCUCCUGCUUGAACGUGUCGUUGCUUUGCUGUCUCCAACACCUUCAGAUCUUGUGUACUAGCUACUACCUGGCUUAGUACAUGCAUUUUGGUCAUGGGAUGUAGUUCUCUUCCUGACUUGGACUGAAUGUCCAAUGGCUACACAAACUUUCGUGAAUGACCUUCAGGCAAUGAAUCCUGCGAAUGUGCCACAGAAUACUGCAAAGUCACCUGUGGUCACUCAGGCACAAGUUGUUCAGCAGCAGCAACAACAGCAACAACAACUUCAGCAGCAGCAGCAACAACAACAACAACAGCAACAGCAACAGCAGCAGCCUCAACCAAACCAAGUACAAGCUCCACAACAACAAGCGCCUGUUCAACAGCUGACACAACAACCUCAGACUAGUGCUGUGAAUGCUGGACCAAUUCAAAAAGUUCAAGUGUCACAAGCCACUACCACCAUUCUUCAACCUGCACACACAGGGCAUUCUUAUAUAGUUGCCACCUCAGUUCCCGAGUCAACUGCUGAGCAGGUCCAUGAACAGGCAUCCAUCCAGCAACCUGGUCAAACAGUGUAUUCUGCACAUGUCCAGUACGUAGAAGCCAAUGACCAAGCUAUCUACUCAGCUGCCAAUGGCCAAAUGUCAGGUUAUCAAGAAUAUACUCCUAACGCUAUGUACUCUUCUGUUGGUGGAACAUACUAUCAAACUACUGGUAGCCAGAUGGCCACGAAUAUUGCCCAUGUCCAGAGUAUCCAAGGGCAAAUCAUAACUCAACAUGCAGGCACCUAUGUCAUUCAGAGUAGUACGAUGGAUGGUGAAGGGGCUCCCCUCAGUCACACUACGAGAGCAUCCCCAGCCACAGUAAGUUUUGCUGUACAGUGGCUCCUAGACAACUAUGAGACUGCUGAAGGUGUUAGUCUACCUCGGAGUACUUUAUACAAUCAUUAUUUGCGCCACUGUCAGGAACAAAACUUGGACCCCAUGAAUCCAGCCUCCUUUGGCAAAUUAAUACGUUCUGUCUUCAUUGGCUUGAGAACUAGACGCUUAGGAACACGUGGUAACUCCAAGUACCAUUAUUAUGGUAUCCGCAUCAAGGCCAACUCUCCUCUCAACCAGUUCACUGAUGAGCAAACAAUGGCCCUCCGACAACAGCCAAUAUAUCAUGGUAAAAAGAUGCGGUUUGCCAACAAUAAAGUGGAAGAGAAUGAUGGUAUGUACAGCCAUUAUAACAGUGGUCAUCAGGAUAGUUCACAGACCCAACAGCAACAUCACCAGCAGUUUCUUGGGGAUGCCUCUGGAGCAAUUCCCAACUUUGUUGAAGUUGACACGUCAGUCAUGCCAUUGCACGAUGGCAUUAUGAUGGACCAUAUAAGAACUUUUGAAAAAAUUUACAGAGAACACGCUGAGGCUAUUGUGGAUGCAGUAGUGAAUUUACAGUUUUCCUUGAUAGAAGCUCUGUGGCAGGGUUUCUGGAGAAACCAAACACUAGAACAGCAGCAAAGCACUGACAAUAAUUAUGAGAAAAGGCUUCCCAAAGAUAAACUGUACACUAUGUGUAAAUAUGAACCUUUGCAGAAGUAUGUCCAAAGAUCUGAUUACGCAUUUUAUCAAGCUCUUGUUGAAGUUCUAAUACCUGAUGUUCUUCGACCGAUACCCAGCUCUUUAACUCAGGCUAUACGGAAUUUUGCUAAAAGUUUAGAGAACUGGUUAAAAGGUGCAAUGCAUGGUGUUCCAGAUGAAAUGGUCAAAACUAAGGUUGGUGCAGUAAGUGCUUUUGCACAGACACUGCGUCGAUAUACAUCAUUAAAUCAUCUUGCACAAGCAGCUCGUGCUGUACUUCAAAACACAUCACAGAUUAAUCAAAUGUUAACAGAUUUAAAUCGAGUCGAUUUUGCUAAUGUUCAGGAACAAGCUUCAUGGGUGUGUCAGUGUGAAGAUGCUAUGGUCCAUCAGCUGGAACAGGACUUCAAGAAAACUCUCCAGUCACAGAAUUCCCUAGAGCAGUGGGCUGUAUGGCUUGAAGGAGUUGUCAACCAGAUCUUAAAGCCACAUGAAGGCAGUGCUAAUUUUCCAAAAGCUGCAAGACAGUUUUUAUUGAAAUGGUCAUUCUAUAGUUCAAUGGUUAUUCGAGAUUUGACUUUGCGGAGUGCUGCCAGCUUUGGUUCCUUCCACCUCAUACGGCUCCUAUACGAUGAAUAUAUGUUCUAUUUAGUAGAGCACAAAGUAGCUGCAGCCACAGAUGAGACCCCUAUUGCUGUGAUGGGAAAAGUCAGACAGUUCAUUGACCUUGGUAAUGCUGCAGCACUAAAUUCCUUGGAUACUUGUAAUGUUUCAAUUGCUGCUGGUGUAAAGCCCUCCUACAUUCCACAUAAUACUGUCAUCAACAGUUCUGGAAAUGGUCAUGCAGUAGACUCGGUAACAACCAGUACAAAUGCUGCCACCACUACUGUGAUGGUUCUCACUCCUGCCAUAUCACACACCGGCAAUAUAAGUACCACUGCCCAGACAAACCCAAUCAGUAACACUCACCAAGUUAGUCUGCGAGCCACUCCAGCCACAACACAGCUUCCUGCCGGUCAGAAGACAAUCGUAGUGAUGCCUGUUUCGACCGUCGGGGCAGGUGAGGUUUACCCGAUGAAGCGGAUGAAGACAGAAUGAGAGAUGCUCACUUAGGAAUCACCUCUUUUUUUUUUCAACCUCUGUAUUUGGGGCAAACAACACAAACAAGCAAAAAAAUAGUAACAACAACAAAACAAAAAGAAGAAACUUGGUUGAACAGUUUUAAAUGUGAUAUUUUUAAAACUUGUGGAAAACUGUCACAAAAUGUUUGUAUUCUUGACUAUGAAUCUAACUCUAUGUAUGUUUGUGUGACUAGAUUUAUAAGUACUGCAGAUGUGUAUUUGUGUGUGUGCAUGUGUAUUUGACUGUGUGGUCACACUUACAUAUAUACGAGAGAAACAAGAAUGAAAAACUUUCAGUGUUUCCCCCCAUCCCCACCCCAGAUAUUGCUAUUAAAAAAGGAGGCUGGGUUUAUUAUGAACUAAAAUAGUUCUGGAGAAUUAUCUAAAGGUAGGAAUUGUCCAGAUGUGGAACAUUUCAUAUACUUAUGUAUAUAUGAUGCCUUCAACCUGGUUGGGUACUACAGUGGUGGACACCUUUUUCAACUAGUCCUCCUCGACUAUCUUCGAUGUAAUAUGGGAUUAUUCCACUCCAUAGAAUAUUGACAUCAUUGAACAAUUUUCUUUUUUUUUUUUCUCUCUCUCUCUUUCUUUCACAUUUUAACAAUGGCCAAAAGUUGUACAAAUCUUCAUUGUAAGCAAUCAUUUAGUGGCCUGUUUUAUGAUCUUGGUAUCAUUUCACAUCACUCUUUCAAUAUAUUUUUUUUUCCCCCCCUCUGAAAGUUCUAAUUAGACCAAUUUUUGCAUAGCAAUACUUGUUAUCAAACUCUACACACACAAGAAAAGCAGAACAACAUGAACAUGUAUUGCUAUCAAAACUCAACACUACUGUUCUCCCAUUCAGUAGCUACUUGGGCUGACACUCUUGCUAAUGGUUGUUAGUUCCCUUUUGAAUUAUUUAUUUAAAGUUUAGCUUUCAGACUCUUUAAAGCCUUCUAAUGCUACGAUAUUUUCAACCCUUGAAAAUGAAAAUUACAAACACAGACUCCACCUCACCACUAUUGGCCAGUUGAUUUAUUAGUUCAUUAAAGACAAACCAGUUUAAAAUGAUCAAAUCAGAGUGUAAGCUACCAUAUCUAACUGUCAGUGUUGUUUGCUACUGGCAGUUUUCUUUCUUACCACUGAUUUUUUUUUACUGGCAAUAAGUAUCCUGAACUUCUAUUAUUUCCUUCUAUUAGAUAUUAUUUUUUUUUAUAUAACUCUCCAGUAUUGCCUGCAAAUCCACUGAAUAUAUAAGGCUUCAGCAAUAAUAAAUGUGAGCAGGUUUUUUUUUUCUAAAUGUCAUUUUUACCUGUUCAUUUCUUUUUUUUUAUCAUUUUCUUCCCCUCCUUUAAUUAACUGGUUGUCUUGUUCUAGAAGUCACUCCCCAUUGUAGUACCCUUAAUUCUACCUCUCUGUGCCAUUCCCUCCCUGACAACUGUUCAGUGCGCGUCUUCUGCCAUUUGUCGGCUUAUUUAUUUAAUUUUGUUUCUAUUUAUUUUUAUUUUUAUAAUUUACAAAUAGUAUCGUGUAAAUUUUCUUUCUGCUCAACAUGUGAUAAAAAAAAAAUUAUGUUAUUUAUCAAAGUGCAGGUCUCACACUAGUCGGGGUCGAACCCUUUGUUGCUCUCUCUUUCUUUCGAAUAUCGCCUUACUGUUAGCUUCUGUGUCCUGUUGCCAUUAAACCUAGACCCUGGGCUUUACACAUGCAUCUAUAGAUAUAUUAUCAUAUAAUAUCAUUGACAUGCAACAACUGAUUGUUAGUUAUCUUGUUUUGUUUUGAUAAGUGUCUCGUUUGUUUGCUUCUGCUGCCAACCAUUGUCUCUGUACAUCUGUUUGACAGUCGAUUAAUCUUCUUAGGUGUGUUCUGUAAAGAGACUGAAACCAGUAAAUUUCCCCACUUCUGACCAGUUUAUCUGGUGAAAAAAAUAAAUAUAUAAAUAAAACUUAUAUUUAAAAGCUUUUUUUUAAAAAAAUUGAAUAUUUUAAAAGAAAAAUUUUUGGUUAAUGCAAUAUUUUCAUUCAUUCUUUUAUAAACAGCCGCUUGUUUCUGCAGUCGUCAUGUUGAUUUUGGAUGUUAAUGAAAGAUAUAUCUAGUGAUAAGUAUUUUCCUCCCCCAUUCCUGGUGCUGCCUUUGCAAAACAUGAUCAUUAUCUUUUUUUUUUUUCUUUAAUAAAUAUUUUAUUUUGAAUGAUUGUAAAACAAUAUUGGGGCAUUCCAUAAAUAUUAAUAUAAAUAUAAACUUACUUAAAAUCUAUAAGUAUGUCAGUUUAUAUAAAUCUACAUUUUUUCUUUUUCUUUUCCUUUUUUUUUAAUUCUGUGUUCUAAAUUGUUUUUGCUUUGUUUUAUAUUAAUUUAUUUUAUUGAUUUGAGGAGAGAGACUUAGCUGUAUCUCAUUCACAGAUUCACAAAAAAAAGCACUUGGAUUUGAUUGUUACAGACUUUUUUUAAUGAAUUUUUUUUUAAAUUUA